AUGUUGAAACGAUCGCCAACCGGUACAUGGAUGCCCGCAUGGGUUCCGGAGUCUACCACUACCGUCGCAGCAUUGCUUAUGAUAUGCUCCAUGGUGCAGUCGGCUACUGGAGGCUACGAUGGCUCUAUGAUGAACGGUCUCAACAUCCUUCCCUCGUAUACCGAGUAUUUCAAUCUGAAUGCCGCGACGACAGGUCUAAACACCGCAUCAGUAUUCAUCGGAAGUUUCUUUGGAACUUUGUGCUCCGGAGUGCUCUCAGAUUGGCUCGGCCGUCGCUCGACACUCCUAUGGGGUUCCGUCGUUACUUUGGUUGGCAUUGUUCUUCAAACCGCUGCGCAGGACAUUGCCAUGUUUGUGAUAUCCCGGAUAAUCCUGGGUCUUGGACUCGCAAUCUCGGGUACUGCAGGAGGUGUCUAUCUUGCUGAAACGUUUCCGAGCCGUUGGCGUGCAUGGGGUGUUGGGCUGCUCAAUGAUUUUUACUAUGUUGGGGCUUUGAUAGCUGCGGGUAUUACAUUGGGGACAGGUGAAUGGAACUCGACCUGGGCAUGGCGUGCGCCGUCGUUAUUCCAGGGCAUAUUCUCUCUGGCCUGUAUCAUUAUAAUACCUUUCAUACCCGAAUCUCCCCGUUGGCUAGUCCAUCAGGGCCUCCACGACUUAGCACGAGAAGUGGUUGCCCAAACAAACUCAAACGGCAACCAAAGCGAUCCCGUUGCGCUGGCUGUAUACAAAGAGAUUCUUGAUACACUUAACUGGGAGAAGAGACAGGGGAGAACAAUGAGCCCGAAAGAACUUAUCAAAACUCCUACUGCCCGAAAAAGAAUGUUGAUUGGGAUAUCACCAGGUCCUUUUUCUUGUAUCGCAGGCAACAUUAUCGCGUCAUAUUAUCUCGGCUCAGAACUCGACACUGCCGGUAUCAAAGAUACUGUAGAGCAGCUGAAAGCGAACGUGGUUCUGAAUGCAUGGUGUUUAGUCUGUGCCCUAACCGGGACCCAUCUUGCAGCCAAAUGGGGUCGCAAGCCAACCGCGAUCUUAUCACAAGUACUGCUGAUUGCAUGUCUCUUCAUUAUUGGCGGCCUCUCAAAGAUGUAUGCCGAUAACCCGGACGGUGCUUCUAAUGCACUGGUUUAUGGAGAUGUGGCGGUCAUGUUUUUGUUCCAGGGAUUCUAUUCAAUUGCCUGGACACCACUGCUAUAUCUGUACCCACCGGAGGUUAUGAACUAUUCGAUCCGAGCAAACGGAGUAGCAUUGUCGGCAUUUUCACUCAAUGCAUUCGCUCUUGUGUUUGUGUAUAUCAUGCCAAUUGGCCUUGCAAAUAUUGGCUGGAAGAUGUACAUGAUCAACGGAUCAUGGGAUAUUGUCAUAUUGAUUCUGAUCAUCGUCUACUGGGUGGAAACAAAAGGCAGAACUCUCGAAGAAAUCGAUGCCAUCUUUGAAGGCGAGAAGCAUUCAUCAGUGCCAGAUGUCGAAUUGCUUCGAAAGGGAAAAGAGCAUAUUGAUGUGGGAGAAGUGGAGCAGCAGAUUGUGGCGGAGGUGCUAGCGACAAAGAUGGAAUAAAUGAUUUGGAUAUACGCAUACAAACUUGUGAUCAGAAGAAAUUGCGAUGUGGUUGUUUUUACUCGGUGAGGCAUUUGUGCUGAGUGAUGUUGUGGAGUCGGACAUAAGCACGGGUGGUGGCUUUUCCGCGCUUUUUUUGCGUUACAACCAUCCACCAUUCAACCUUUAUGUCAGUAAGCAUUGCUCAUUCAAUUAGAAUACAAAUAAUGGCUAUGUCUGU